AUAAUUCUCUAGAUAACCUUAAAUAUAUUAAAAUCGGCGAUAUUGUUCUGUACUUUUCUGUGUUGUCCUCUCUUCUUAUUUUAUAAAAAGGGAAUACCAUAUAUAUUUAGAGCUAGAAAGUGAGUGAUCCCUAAAGAAGUGACUAAUAGUCACACCUAUGCGUGAUAACAAGAGUUAUUCCUAACAAAACUUCACAUUGCCUAGUCCUACUGAUGACUCUGGUUUUAGGAAAUCGAUUUUCUUAUUUGUUACACUCAAACAAGUUGCGAAUUGGAUGAAACUGUGAUAAAAAUGGAUGCUGAAAUUGCAAAUGCCAUCACGGACCCAGAAUUCCAUAGUGACGGUUCGCUCAGGAAGAAGAUAUUACAGCUGGAACUUGCAUUAGGUGAAAUUGCUGAAAGAUUGAAAGAAGGUGACGAAGAUGGGAGGGACGCAGUGAAUAGUAUAGAUAAAAAUGGAGGUUUGUUACUUUCUAAACUGGAUACCGUAAAUGAAACUCUAGUUAUGAACAAGUUCAUGUGGAGUGAGGAUAAAUACUAUGAACUAAUGUUUAACAUAAAACAGAUCUGUGCCACUUGGAGUGCCAUGAAGGGUGGGGUGGCAAAUCCUACAACAAUAAUUUAUAUCAGAGGUCGCAAUCGAAGUGUGGGACUACAAUAUAUGGAGAAAUAUAUGUAAAAAAUAUAUUAAGUGUGCAUUUUAAGUAUUACUUGUGGCAGUUUUUAAAAUUAUUUUAUUUACUAAAAAGAAAUUGUUUUACAUAAAAAUCGUAUAAUAGUAGGCUAUAAUUAAUUCGUUUUUUAAUAAAUAAUGUUAUUUAUCACUAGAAAAAUCUCAUUAAGUUAAAUCAAUAAAAAACCUAUUUUCUAUUUUAAUGAUGGUGUUUAUUGCAAGAGGUUAGGAUACUCAUUUUUAUACGUUUUAAAUAACAGUAGUUUCAGAUUUGGUACUUAAAAAUUGGAAAUUAAAUCAAGUAAACCAUGAACUUUAUUACCAUCUUAAAAUGUAUUGUUACUGUUUAGCUAGUAUUAUAUCAAUAAAUUUAUUACUUGUUUAUAUUUUA